AUGGCGGAAGUUAUUGCCACGGUGGGAGUUGCUUUAGGCGCCAUCAGGGUGGUAAAAGGCAGCUUCGCUCGCCUGUCCCGAGUGUAUCGCAGGAACGGCGUGCUCACGACACUGUUGUUCACUGUGCUCCCUGACGCGUCGUCGACCCUCGACCGCAUCGAGACAAUCCUAUCGGGAACAGGACCAGAGAUAUCGGAGUAUCGGCAGUCGCUGAGCUCCAAUAUGAACAUGGCCGCGGUGGCUGGCGCCAUUAUUGCGCAGGUAGCCAUCACGGGGUUGUCCUUGGAGGCCAGAAGCCAAGCGCACUGGACUGCCUCGGCCUUCCUUACUGCGAGCAUCGCUUUCGGCGUCAUAUCCGUCUACGUCAGUUUCAUAGUCCAGCAGGAGCUUAACGGCCUCCUGGGAUCGACCGGCGUUGCAGAUUGGCUCUCCGUACCACUCACUCAAGCAGAGCUACAAGAGAAAGCCAACAAGCUAUAUCGAGACCCAGUAUUGAACGACACGGAGUUGUCUAUGCCGCUUGAGCGAGAGUUCCAACCCGAGAACGGCGCAGCCAGGCCGGGUCUGACCCGGGAGGCCUCAGCACUGGCUGCCAUCUUACUCUCGGCUCCAUCGGGCCUCCUCGUACUAUCCUUGAACGCGUUUGUCAUUGGUUUGGGUAUCUAUCUGGGCUGCGCAUAUACCGACAACCUGAUAUCCGACCUUGGCAAAGGCGGUUCACUAGGAGUACUUGUGUUUUAUAUUGUUGCGUCCGCGACGGCCACCUUUCUUUACACGUUUCCUCAGAUUGUCAAGUCGUCCGAAAAGUAUGACGAUCAAAUGGUCACAAGCUUGAGGAGGCAGAUUGAGCUUUUGGACAGCAUCUUGAGCGAUCGACAAUCGAGCGAUCAUCAACGUAGGCAGGGCGUUUAG